GCGCAAUUUCUCACCUCGUUAUGAGUGCGAAAAUAAUUUAUUUAAUUUUUUUGGUUGUCAUUUUGAAGGCUGAUGGACAGGUGCCGUCAUUCGGAAGAUGUAGAAAUCAGUUCAAGCCAAUGAGAGAUUUUCAAAAGUUGAAAUUUAUGGGCCAAUGGUUUGAGGUCGAGCGAUUCUACACAGUUAGAGAUUACAUUGCAAGUUGCAUAUCUGUAACAUUCGACCGCUUUGAAAAUGGAAAAAUUUAUGUCAAUAACGAGUACACAAAUCGAUUGACACAACGGCGCGAAACAUUGACGGGGAAAUUUAAAUUAACAGAAGGUGAAAAUGUUGGGACUUUCACAGUUCGAUAUGAUUUAUUGCCGAGCUAUUUAAACUUUGAAGUGCUGCCUGACAUCAUUCAAAGGUUUAAUGCCACAAUUAAAAUUUUGAAUACCGAUUACGAUAGUUUUGCAGUUCUAUGGUCAUGCCGUGAUCUUGGUCGAUAUGGACAUGCUGAAAAUUCUUGGUUAUUGACACGAGAACAACAUCCAUCAGAGGAAAUUCUACAAACAGCUUACGGGCACCUUGAUAGACUCGGAUUGAGAAAUUACUUUACAAAAUCCCAGCAAGAAGGAUGCACUUGAUGAAAAUUUUUAUGACUGCUUUUAUAGUCACAUCACGAUUUCAUCAACAUCUCGAAUGGAAUCAAUAGCAUUAAAUUUCUUUUAUUUAUUGUUAUCUAUUCGAUAAAUUUUAUUUUUUGUAUAAAU